GGAGUCCCUCUAGGGGGGAUGGGACCCGCCCGGGGUCAGCGAAGCCCGUAACCACAUUCUUGGAAAUCAGCGUGGCGUGCCACGCGUUUUCUUCCUGACCCGAAACAGUAUCAGUGCUCGUCUCGCUCCUGGGAGUAACAGGGGACCGUACUCUGGGCUUGAACUCUGUGCUUCGCACUCUAAUUUAGGAUGGCUUAAUUUGGAAUAAACAUUUCUUUGUGACUUACCACCCCAUUACACAGUUAUCCUCGAUUUUCUAAAAUAGUCAGUCUGUGAUGGUAAAUCUGGAGACAUCGCUGUACCCUUCCAGUACUGACCGUGCGUCUCUCUAGCCUGUGACGCGCAGAGCCUGUGACACGCAGAGCGAGCAGGCCGGGGGGCUCUGGAGACUUCAGUGGUCUCCUGUCACUAGUGCACAGACUAAGGGGCCUGUGCAGUAUUCUGAAGUAAUAAGAAAAAGUUUAUUAUACUUGAUCUAAAGAUAACAAUACCUCAUUACAUAUUAAUAAACUGGAUAGAAAAGGCUCUGGGGGCAAGAUCUGUGGUCAUUUUGGGAAUACUUGAAUGUUUGUUAUACUGGAAUGACAGGUGAAAUGCAUUUGUGAAUUGCAUUUAUAAUCUAGUUAAACUGCUCAAUUUACCUUUAUUACUUUAUGCACAGACCUUGUUUUCUUUACCUAUGUGGGAUAAUUUUCUAUUUUCCUUUUUAAAAUAGAAACCUAUCUUUUGAGAAGGGGAAUAUGUCCUUGGUGAAGCCCUUUGUCAUCCUCUGCAGUAUAAGAAUUAUUUCAGAGGAAAACAGUUCCACUUCUCUGCAGUGGAAAACAGAAUUAAAAGUUAUCACACUGUGUCUAACACUAUGGUUAUGACUCUGAGUCAGCUAUAAAGGAAUUUUUUAUUUCCUGAAUGUAAGCUGUCUGUAUUCACAUUAAAAUUUUCAGGAGGGUGAAGUACCAUACCUUAAGCAUGCAUCUGAAAUCUGACAAACAGAGGCAAGGCAAUUGUCUUGCUAUUUAAUUAUUAGUUUUCUACUGGCGAUUUACAGGUUCCUCCCAUUUGCUGUGCAGGACUGCGAAAUGGUAGCCCAAAUUUUAAGUGAACUUAAACUCCUUGAUGAACUGUGGUUCUUUGAAUGUAUUUCAAACUAGCUGACUUACAGUCUAAAUACAUAAUUUGUCUGCUGUUCAGUUGAUUUGUCUGGAGUAUACCCGUAGAAUUAGUUUUAUUUGCAGUCACCUAUGAUUUGAGCAGUUACUAAGUGAUCAUAGUCUUAAAUUCUUUGCAACAGAAGGGUCUAUUUCUGGCUGGCAGAAUGUGUAGAAAAGUAUCUGGAAGUUAAGAAUGCAAUUCAUUUACAUAAUAACUGUAAAGAAUAUAAUUCCUAUAAAUGGAAAAAUCUUCUGAGGCCCGUAUCAGGGCAUGAUUUGGCCCGUGACUCAGGAAUACUGACCUGCACUAUGGAGGUUUGAUGCAUAGUAAAUAAGAUCUAAUUAUUUAUUAGUAGAUUUAAACUAACCUUCUCACGAGGCUGUUUCUGCUAGGUGUCAGUUACUCAGCAUUCAUCUAGUUGCACAGACAGAAGUACUUAAGGGAUGAUAGGAGAACUAGAGAACCAGAAAUUUUUAGGUGGUUUUUUUUUUUAAGUAUAUGGAGUUCCAGAAAGUAUAUUAACAGCUCUUAAGCUUUUAAAGUCCAAUUGGAAGUCUGAAAUGCUUAAAUAUUAAAAGGGAUACCUCUAUCUCAGGUACUUAUGUUAAAUAGAAAGUCAAAGGAGAAAAAGGAAAUUACAUCACCUUGUCAAAUAAGGAACAGCUAGCUGGAGUGGAUGACUUGUAGUGCAAAAAUGUGCCCCUCCUCCUGUGAAUUGCUUCUGAGAUUUGUUAAAGAUAAUGUGGUGGCAAGGUGAGCAAAAAUAGGUUGUGGAUUUAAGGUAGACACAUUUCUUCCCCUCCCAGAAGGGGUAACUAGGUCUUACUUUUUUUUCCUUUCCCUCUUUCCCAUUUCUUACAAGACGUAUCUCAGCUUCUCUUCAAGAGUGUUGCCUUUAUAAAAUCUGUCCAAAAUUUUUUACAGGCAUUCAGAAAUCUGUACAGCAAAUUGCUGUAUUCCAUCCCCAUUUAGUGAAACAUUUUAGAGUGUGCUUUGGUCUACUGUGCGUACCAGGAAGGUUUUCUUCAUUAUGAACUUGACUUGCCUCAAAUAUUUGGCUGCAUUGGGACUGGGAGAGCAGGGAACAGAGUAAUAUGAUUCUGUGUGUGAUCAGUGAUAGAUGUUGAGCUAAAAUAUAUGCAAGUGCUUCUUAGUUUCUAAGAGGAUUACUGUUGUUGUAAUGCAAGUGUUUAUUGAUAUGUAUCUGUAUGAAAACUGCACAUUUGUGAUGUUUUCUGUAACUCACCACAAAAAUUUUUCCACAUAUUCCCAUAUACAUUGUAGAUAUCAUUAUGUACAUACCCUACUGUUUAUGGAUACAUUUGACCAUUUUCAGCUUACACACAGCUAUCCUGUUAUUCAUCACUCACUAGUUCAAGUUUGAAAGUAUAUUUGGCCUUGUAAAAAAAAAAUUAAUCUCCAAUAUUUAGUAUUAUUCAUAUUUGUUAAUGCAAACAGACCUGAACAAUUAAAAAGUGUCUCCUUUGUGCUGUUGCCUUACAAUGAACGGUGUUGGUAGCUUCCUAAUGCAUCAACAAAUCUUUGAAUUGCCUUGGCUUGUAUCUGCCCUGUAGAAAUUACUAGCUAUAGUUUCAGUGUGAACUCCAUUUCUUCAAAAGUGCUUCAGUCUUCCUAAGUGCCAUAAUCGAUGCAUAACUAGGCCAGACAAGCAGAGUAACUGGAAACCCAUUCUGUGCAAAUGAGCAGCACACGAGUGUGAGAUCAAGAAUGCUUCAUUACUGCGUAGUGUCCAUUUUCUUUAGCAAAUACAAUUUGAUGUUAUUUAUGGUUAAGUUCAGAUCCUUAAAUUUUUAAGGAGGCAGGAUUGGGACAGCAGUUACACUGAGAAUUGUUGAUAUUUAUAUCUUCAUGACUGACUUUUGUAAAUUUUACUGGUUUUUAAAGCCAAUUACUAGAAUACAAUACGUACUAUUCGGCUUUAGUAAGAGUGUGCUGUCUAAAAUACAGUUUGUACUCCUCAAUUACGUUACAUGUCUCCCUCUUAAGAUACUAUGUCUUCAAACAAGCUUAUGCAUGUUUUAAAAUAUAAGCAACAACUCUCUUAGACUCCACUGAGAAAGUAACUAGGUGGUUUAUUGAAAGAAUACUACCUCUCUUGAUAGUCCUAGCUUAAGGCACUCGGGAUAGUUUCAUAACUCUGAAAUGUCAAGGCAGAUCACCUUCUGUGAAUUCGCAAAGAGGUUAUUUUUAGAAUGAAGCAAGUUGUAUGGCUGCAAAAAUUGUCUGUAUGUUUAAAAAAUAAAGACUGAUUGAAACAAGUGAAAAUUACCUUUUCCUAGAGUAUGUAAAUAUAUGUCAUUUUAGAUGUUAACCUUAGCAUUCCAGAGGGAUAUCAGAGAGGUGAUUGUGCAACCAUCAGUCUUGAGAGCUGAGAUUUAUACAGCAUUUGGGAAGCUGACACAGUAAUUACCUGCAGUGGUUUUGGCAUGGGAACUGGUGGAGGUUGGGCCUCUUAAUAAGCCCUGCAAGGGUUGUAUGUUAGCUCAAUACACGUGCUCUCAAACUACAGCAGUUGUUCCCCCUGUCUGAUUUUUUAUAUUUUAAUCAAUGUCUUGCUCAUGGUCUUGUCAGGUCUUGCACAUGUGCUGAAGUGGAGUACUAUCAUUUGCUGCCUGAUCAGUGUUUUGUACCAGUGAUUUUUUUUUACUUGUAACUUGCAUUUGACUUCAGAAAUACCGAAAUAGACAGUAGGCAUUAACCUUAAGCUCACUUAUUCAUUCUCCUUCAUUUCUUUUGCAGAUUUGUUGCUAUGGGAUAGGAUCUGAGGCAUAAAAAAUCAUUGCUCAAUACAGUGUGAGCUGAUAAGAUGGAUGUUUUAUUUGCAAGUUACAUUAACAUGUUAAGAAGUAAUUUUAGAAUUGGUGCUAUAUGUGUACUAUGCUGCUUAAGUCAUUUUGACAAAUGGGUUCCUCUAGUGUUCUGCUCCCCCAUAAACAAUGGUUCUGCUUGUACUUACAGAACUAUGUUAUUGCUUCCUGGGGCUGUAUGUUUAUAUUUAGUUUCAUGAUGAAAAUCUGCAAUUCCUAUUACCAGGAAGGGUCCAAUUUAACUGCGUUAUACAAAAAUUUCCAGCGUUAAACUAGCUUUUUAAGGAGGUUGUCUGAAAAGAAGAACAUGGUUUUCACUAAAAUCAGGAGGGCUGAAUGAGGUAGGACUAUGCCGCAGCAGAUAGAGCACUGGUUCAUCCCCUAUUCACUUCUAUGAAAGCCUCCUGUCUAGAGUUAUUCUGAAAUGCCUGACUAAAAUAUACGGGGUAUCUGGCAGUGAAUUAAAAAAUCCCACUUCUGUUGACACAAUGGUGAUCACUGAAAGUCAUGAUCAAGAAAACCAUCAGACUCUUGAAGAGAAUGCGAUUGGGUCUCGCACAUCACAAACAUGCAUACAGUCAGAAGCUAUUUUGCAUAUACUCUUUUCUUAAGAUGAUCAAUACUAGACCCAAUUCAAAUUUGGAAAAGCAUAGCAGAGUUGGUCUUUCUCAAAUAGUUGUUUAUAAAUGGCAAAUAGUGGUGCUGGACUGCAAACUAAUCCCAGGGCACCUGGUUAUAGUCCUGUUUACGAGUCUGCCCAUCCCUUGUGCUGCAAGUAGGUAUGAUGGAUCUUUCCUCCUAAAGGAAAAGGAAGGUUACACAUCUGCAUAGAAAGCCUGGUUUAGAACGGAUUUACCAUAAGCAUAAGCUAUUAGCUGUUUCUGUACCCACUGCAAUACCAUACUGUGAGGGUUUUUCUUGACAGGUAUGCCAGUAUGCAGGAGCUGGCCCUCAGCUGUUGGCGGAAUUCUUUUGGAGGAGGGGUGUGGAGAAGUUCACAUUAGUAUUAUAUGGUCAUAUUGAUUUUCAAGGGAGAUACAAAUUAAACUGGUUUCGGUGGGGUUUGGUUUGGUAGGGUUUGUGUGUGUGUGUGUGUGUUUUUAAACAACCAUAUAGCACCAUAUUGUACUUGCUGAAAUCAGGCUAUUUGUGUAGAUGAAGCACAGACCCAUAGAACAUCUUGGCUUAUAGUUUUGGACUUAAUUUUUCCUGCCUUCAUGAUGCUGACUAAUUUUACACUGCCCCUUCCCCUCCCCAAUAAUCCUUUCUGAAUUUCCUAAGCAAAGCCAAGUGAGUCAGUUUGUUCCUUAGACUCUGAUUACUUACUCAAUAUAUAGUAAUUGCCAACACAUUUUUUCUGUUGUAAAAGGGCCAGAUAAAGCAUUGUCCACACGUUCAAAAUAGAUCUGAAUGCAGCAGUAUGGUUUCAGUGGCGAUUAUUUCAAAUCACUAGAUUUCUGAUUUGUUUGAAAUAGCUAGAAGACUUGAGGCUGUUUUAAAGUAUCUUAAUGCUUACUGCUUUAUAUAAAAGAAGUCUUAGAAUUCCAGUUCAAGUAGUCAGUAAUUCUGUUUAUUGGAGCAAAGGCUAUGGAAGGUAAUACUUAACAACAGACUAGGCUGUUAUUUGUUGGCUACACUGGAAACUAUAAACUCUUUAGCAAAAAGAUAAAACUAAAGAUAGAUAGCAAUUAGAAAGUUAAAUAGAUUGUUCUAGAAAACUUUUUAAAAGCCUUUUUUGUAUUAAUAACUAGUAGUUUACGUACAAGAACUGAAGUGUUGUUGAUGCACAGUUGCUAUAUAUCAAUAGCUUUACUGAACGUGGGGUUUUUUCUAUACAGUGUAAUUCUCUAAGAGAACUUACCUAUUUUUUACUUCAGUUUUACAGAUAGACUCAAAGCAAGAAGUUUGGUCAGGUUUUUCUAUUGGCAAGUAGGACAGAAGGCCUUUCUACCGAGCUGUUUAAUUAUUUGAAUACUGAAAUUUCAGAUGAGAGAUGAAAUCAUCAGAUUUGCAUUUCUGAUAUUUAUGUCUUCUCUGUUGAAGGGAAUGAAAACCGCAGGAAACCUGUCAAGUACUGAAUAUCUAAGGUUGUGAGACAUCACCAGAGAACGCUCCGCAAUGUCAACUGCAGGAGUUGCUGCUCAGGAGAUGAGAGUCCCAUUAAAAACUGGAUUUCUUCACACUAGUCAAGGCAUGGGGAGCUUGAAAACCUGCUGGGGUAGCCACAGUGGAUUUGAAAAUACUUUCUUUAAUGUGGACCCUAUAGCAGUGGCAUAUAAUUUAGGUCCAUCGACAGAGCAGCAUUUGCCAUCCAUUGGGCACUCUUCCAACCAGGCUUCCAUGAAUGACCACAUUGCUGAAAGUUGCAUCCAAGUCCCAUCUCAGAAAUCCAGUCCACUUCCUGUAAGUCCCAAAAGUGAACUGACAGUUUCAAGAUAUGAAGACCAUCUCGUUCCUGGCUUUAGUAAACUGUCAUUAACCAUGAGCUGUGUUUCUGAAGAAACACCUCACAUGGCAAUAAAAAAUGGACCAAUUCAAUUUCUGUCUGCAUCUUCCAAUGAUCGUAGCUCCAGGCCUCUACCCCCUCUACCUAUUUCUGAAGACCUUGCUUCAGAUGAGGUUGACAAAGAAGUGGAAUUCCUGACUAGCUCAGAUACUGACUUUUUGUUAGAAGAUUAUGAACUUCCUCCUUUUAAAGCCAGUGCUCCAAGUCGGCGGAGCUUUAGGGGCUGUGGACAGAUCAACUAUGCAUACUUUGAUACUCCAGCAGGACCAAAACCAGAAGAUUCCAACCCUACACAAAGCCUAAAUGUAUACAUAUCCGGUAUUUACCCUCCUCCACAGCAGCUGCAUCGACGCUUGCGAAGGUCCCAUUCUGGGCCAGCUGGAUCUCUUAAUAAACCAAUAGUAAGACUAUCUGGACACUUAAACAGGUCUUCUCCAACCUCUGAUGAAGAUAAACCAGAGAUUCCACCAAGGGUUCCCAUACCUCCAAGGGCGCUCAAACCAGACUACAGAAGGUGGUCAGCAGAAGUUGCUUCUAGCGCGUACAGCGAUGAAGACAGGCCUCCAAAAGUACCCCCAAGAGAACCUCUGUCACACAGCAAUUCCCGUACCCCGAGUCCCAAAAGCCUCCCAUCAUACCUCAAUGGGGUUAUGCCCCCCACCCAGAGUUUUGCACCUGAUCCUAAGUAUGUCAGCAGCAAAGCUCUACAAAGACAAAAUAGUGAAGGAUCUUCAAACAGGGUCCCUUGCAUUCUUCCAAUUAUUGAAAAUGGUAAGAAGGCCAGUUCAACACACUACUAUCUGCUACCUGAAAGGCCUCCAUAUUUGGACAAGUAUGAGAAAUUCUUCAGAGAAGCAGAAGAAAGGAGCUCUAACACUGAGGUUCAGUCCUGGUCUGGUGACUGCACAGCCACCUCACCUCCGACAAAACUGGACUCAAAACCCAGAAUGGACAUAGGUGGUCACCUGAAACGAAAACACCUGUCUUAUGUGGUUUCCCCGUAGUUUCUGGGAGCACAGUCAGUCCCAGCUCAGUUGUUCAGGAUGGAGCUGAACUUUAUCAUGUUACAAAGUUCUUAUGGUUCUCAGAUAAUGAAGUAGGAGCAGUUUGACCUCUGAGAACUGGAAAGUGGAUCGUAAAGUCCUCUUAUGCUGCAUAUAUUUGAUAUGUUUCUUAAGACUCUUUUUGUUUGUCUAGGUAUGUAAGCUGAAAACCUACAAAGUUCCCAUACAAAGAAACAUGGAGGGAUAGUAGUCACAGCUGGCCAGUUGUAUGCUACCUAGAUGAACGUAUUUGGUAGUCACAUUAUCAAAAAAAAAAAAAAAUUAAAAUCGAGCUUUGCUGAUGAGUCACUUAUAAAGCAGACAACAGACCAAGUAAUGCAGUACAGUUUUUGUAUUGGGUAUUUUCUUUUAUACAGUAACCGUACUGAGAACAGACUCUGUUCUCUUUGACUAGGCUAUGUCAGCCUGAUAAGAAGGUAACUGCAAGAUUUGAUACCCACUUCAAGACUUGGCAGGCAUAUUGGAAGCACAUUUUGAAAGUUUAAUCUAUUUUACAAAUUAAUUUGAUGCUAAUAGACUUUUAAAGUGAGUUGGUUUUGUGGAUUCACUUGCUAGACACACUUGGCUCAGUUUUGCAGUUUUUCCUAGAAGAGACUUGGACCAGCUAUUGCUAAGCCUCUGCUGCUGCUCUUUUCCUGCUGGAUCCUAGAUACGUGUGAGAGUGUCCUGAGCAGCCACACGGUUGCUGUCAGGUAGGCAGUAACAACUGUGUGCUCACCUAGAGUCUGAAAUUCUGACUGUAUUAAAUACAGAAACACAGCACAAGCUGGUCUUGUGUUUUGGUUUCUGUUCAGUAUUUUAGGGGAGGAGGAGGAGGGUAUGAGGGAAAAACAUGAUUCCAUUUAUGAACAGUGUCAGUCCCGUCUCUUGCUGCUUUGAUGCUGCUUCUUGCUGUUUAAUUUUUCUUCACUGUGCCUCAGCCAUCCACUGAAGUUCACUGAGGUGCCACAUUAGCAGUUUCUCAUGCUCAUUUUGGUUACAUUUAUCCUCUUACAGAAAAGCACAAGAGAAAGGGUGCUCAUUAAUGGGGGUACAGAAGAUGAAUGUGUUCCUCCUAACAGAAGUGAACAAGCUGUUUACAGUUUAAACUGCUGAAUGAGAUGUUUGAGCUAUUUUAAAGCUUACUUUUUAUUUGUUUUAGUACAAACUAAAUGAAGGUGAAAUACAUGCUAUAGAAAUGCACUGAUAUUUCUGCAUCAUGUACAGUAUUGAAUAAAAAAUAAUUCACUUUGUAUUUUGAAUAUUGUCAUGUCUUGAGUUUAAUAAAGUUAUAAAAUACUUAUUUAUGAUACAUUUUGGAUUUUGCUUUAUUGAAUAGUGUAUGCAAUUGUGCAUUUGAGUUCUGCAUUUACUGCAAAGUUCAAAGUCAGUAAUGUUAAAUAUACAACAAAUGUUGAAUUCACCUUGCAUUAAAUUAGAAUUAAGACUGCUGCAGAAGUGUUCAAUAACUCACAUUGCACACUGUUAAUUUUAAUGCCUCGUUACUGCCUGGUAGCAUGUUGUCUAUAGUUUUGUGCUGGCAAUAAAACAUUCUGUGAGAUUAAGUUA